GGUUUUCUUGUAUUUCAUGCAGGUUGGAAUGCGUGUAGAGUACCAGUGAGACACAUGAUUCGCCAUUUUAGUUUUUUUAAUAUCGUGUCGGUAUGAAGUGCUACGGUCGGUUUGGUACUUUGAAUGAGGGUAAUGUGAAAUGAAUAUAGGAGUUUGGCGGGUGAAGGUUAGUCUCGAUUUGUUUGAGCUGGUAUUAGCGUGUUUUCCAAUGGAAUUGGCGUCUAAGUGAAGGGGGCGAGUAGGCCUAAUGGCGUCCCCUCUACCUACCUAGCUAGGCCCAUCGGCCUGAAUAUCGCAUAGUGUAGGGUGAGUACAGUAGGUACACUAUGACCACAGGGUGAAUGCCCCACCACAGGCAUGGCCCAUGCCCGCUUAGGAAAUUAAACAGACUGGGUAGGCCUAACUGUGUUAGGCCUAACGUUAAUGUGUUUUUGGAGAAGUUGUGUUUCGAUUCUGUGCCUGCAUGCCGUGUCUACUGCUUGUGAAUGAUGUUACCGCGUUCCCAUACGUGUGUAAUUUAGCCUGGACCUCGCUUCGUGUACACUGUGUGUAUGUUUGCAUGACAGCAAUUACUUUAAGACCAUGGAAAAGCAAGACAGGCACGCCUCCAACACACAUCAUGUCGACAUGAGAAAGGAUGCGUUGCUCAAUACUGUGCCUGUUGUGGCUGCAAACAGAUGUGAUCCAGACGAGGAUCCUGAACUACAAUAUUUGGACCAGGACAAGAUCAACAAUUCCAAGAAGAAGAGUUUUUUCCAGAUCACGAGCGUAACAGAAAAUGUCAAUGAUGAAAACGACAGUAUGGACGAGCUUGACGAAAGCCGAGUAGAUGAUUUGUCCACAGCUGAUCUGUCAAAACUCAGUUUACAGACAGAUAUUGAGCAUUCAGAAACUGAAGACUCACCAAACCCACUGGGUGCUGGUUAUGGCAUCAACCCAAAUGCUGCAAUGAACCCUAACUCAGAGGCCAACGGGAACGGCCCCUCCAGGUUUAAGUUGGUAAAAGUUGCUCGCAUUGAGCCAAUUAAAAGGGGCCGAUGGACAUGCAAAGACUUCCCCAGUGAACCCCAGCCAGGCUCUGAGAGUACAGUGGCCAAGACGGAACAGAUUCGAGACAAUGUGUCUGGCAGCUCAAGUGCAGCCAGCUCUGUGCAUUAUGUGCCUGGAGAGAACCCGCCCACAGAAAAUCCACUUGCAGACACAAACUCUGCCCCCCAGCAACCGCCCCCACCGUCCAAAGACAACACACCGAAGGAGACAUCAGACUCCGUAGAUAAGAAAGACUCAUCUUCAACUCGGCCAGAUCGCAGGCCGAGUAGCAAAACGGACUCAAAUAAGGAGGGCUUGAGCAAGAAAGAAUCCAGUGCAGGGGAUCUUUUAUCGCUAGAUUCCUUGAGUGUUGAAAUGCAUGCUGAUAACCAGUCAGAAAAUGAUGAAAGGUGAGUUUGGACUUACAUU